AGUUUAGAAGAGAGAGAUCUAAGAAGCUCCAAACAACAAUAAAAAGAAGAAGAAUGUCGUUUUCUGGUUAUAGCUUCGUCGUACUAACAUUAUUCUCCAUCGUCUUAACUCAAAUAUAUGGUUUGGGAAAAGUUGACCCAAUGUAUGAUCUCAAACCGGAAGAAACGCUAGCGAUUCACAACCAGAUUCGAGCCGAUGUCGGGGUGGCUCCGUUGGUAUGGGAUGAUAAACUAGCUGCCUACGCACAGAACUACGCUAACGUACGAUCCAAAGACUGCGCCAUGAAGCAUUCAACUGACGGAAUGUACGGCGAGAAUUUAGCCGCAGGUUGGGUCCAACCUUUGGACACAAUGAGCGGUCCGAUUGCGACUAAGUUUUGGUUGACGGAGAAGCCUAAUUACAAUUAUGACACCAACAGAUGUAGUGGUGUAUGUGGGCAUUACACCCAGAUUGUGGCUAAUCAAUCGCAAAGACUUGGUUGUGGUACGGUCAGGUGUCAUAACAAUGAGUAUGUUUGGGUCGUAUGUAACUAUGCUCCUAGGCCAAUGGGUGAUGCGAACACACGUCCGUAUUAAUUAACUUUUGUGUUUUCUUUUAACGAUGACUAAACAGUAUGGUAAUUGGAGAGUGCGUAUUCGAUUUGUAUUAAAAAAAUCAUCUUCAACAUAUAUACUACACUUACAUAAUAAAUCACCAUUUUCAUUUUCUUGUGCUAAUAUUAUAUAUAACUAAUUCAAAUCUAAUACAUAUAUUAAAUUUGUAAUUUGCUUUUGCAUUUUAACAAUAUGUGAUUUUGAAACCAAAGAUGAACAAAGGAUAUUAGCAAUAGCAGGAACGAUAAAGAAUGAAUCGCAUCAAUAUCACCAAAAAAAGUAUUUGUCACAAAAAUAUUACAAAAGAAAUUUCAAAACAUUCCACUUUUUAAAUACUAACCCUACUAAACUCUAAACCUAAAUAUGAAAUAUACA